CUGUGAACCAGUACUUAGUGUCUAUAGGGAAGAUCUAAAGAACGCUUUCACAGUGGGGAUCGAACCCGUGACCUCCUGGUUGCUAGGCGGACACCAUAUCCUUUACGCCACAGCUACCUCAGGGUUUGGGGUAACGGUACAGUUUGUCAAGACACCAAACGCAAAGCCUAUCCCAAGGCAAUGCCCCAUUUGCGUGGUAAAAGGCAACACGACUGUGUACCUCCGGGUAACAGACCACGUUCGCUGGGUGCAAGCGCUGACGGCAGACCCCAUGAAGCCGUUGAUGUCAGAGGCACGUGCUAAGACCGGUCGGAAAGUGAAGAAGACAAAGCCGAGGAAUUACUACUCUUGCUGGCUGUGCGACCGGUCGGUGAUUGACCGGCUGCGUCAUCUAGAACAGGAGCACAAAAUGGAGGCUGGGACAUUCAAUUUUGUUUACACAAGAGGGCCGUUUCCGGAAAUUUCAAUCGUUGACUCAUAUGUAGACUACAUGUUCCUGCGGAGCAGGCCAGGUGGGUUGGCAAACGAGUCGAAAACACAAGAGGUCAACAUGAAGAUCAACCGGUUCCUGGCCCUGUCUGGCUACUUGGAAGGAGUGGUGUUGAGUGACAUGCUGUUGUGGAUGGGCCAUAUGGAGGUCCACGACAGUUCCUCAACACCACUCACCAGCUGAAGACGGUGCGGAAUGCACUAACGGCAAUCAAGAACUUCCUGAAGUGGUGCGAGGGAAUGGUCUAGCGGACGCCCGCACAUUGAACAAUGCUUCCUGACCUCAACCUGCCUGGAUAAGAGCCGUCGCGAGGUUGUUCGGAGGGUAGAGGAGAGUGCGGCCAUCCUGACGGACGCAAACCUGGA